AAGUAGCGCCGGUAUCACGUGGCACAAAUACUCCAAUCACCUGCAGCCCUCACUUACCGAUAUUAUUCAGCUUAAAUACCUGGCUACAGCGCAUACCGGCUUGUUCAGCGUGCGGCAUUUGAGUUGAUAACAGGUUUGUUAAAAGUUCUGGGUAGUUUCGAAGACAUAUUGCAAAGAUGACUGAAGUAACAAGGACCAAGAGAACGCUCGUCUCUGAGGGACCAGUCGAGACAACAACAACUAGAAAAACCACCACAUAUAGUUCAAGCGGCGGCUAUGAAGGUGAUGACUUGAGCAGCCUUUACAAGUCCAGCAUGAGUCCCCGCACCACCGUAAUCACCCGAUCAGCUUAUGGUAGUGCCCCCAGAGGUGGAAGUGGGUACAACAUGGAGCGUAGCGUCAGCUAUGGCUACAACUAUGGCGCUGCACCCGCAGGAGCCUACUCCAGCGUCGUUGGGGUCGGUGUCAACCAAGUGAAGGGAAACAGGGCCCAGGAGAAAAAGGACAUGCAAGAUUUGAAUGAACGUCUUGCCGGUUAUAUUGAAAAAGUUCGUUUCUUAGAAGCCCAGAACCGAAAACUAGCAAGCGAAUUGGAACAGCUAAAAACGAAAUGGGGCAAAGCAACAGCGGAUAUUAAGGCUAUGUACCAGAAGGAGCUUGACGAAGCCCGCAAACUUUUGGACAAUUCAGAAAAAGAAAAAGCCGCGCUCCAAAUUAAAGUUUCAACCCUUGAACAAAGUAUCGAAGAACUCAGACAAAAAUAUGCCGAGGCUCUCCAACUACACGAAAGUGACAAGGAGACCAUUGAUCGACAGAACCAGCAGUUGUCUGACUAUGAAGCUGAGCUCGGUCUGCUCCGUCGUAGAGUCGGCUCACUUGAAGAUGAUAAGGCGAGAGACAAGAAGGAGAUCAAACGCUUGACAGAUGCCCUCAACAAAGCAAGAAUUGAUUUAGACAAUGAAACACUGAACCACAUUGACGCAGAGAACAGACGACAAACCCUAGAAGAAGAACUAGAAUUCCUCAAGGCGAUCCACGAGCAAGAAUGCAAGGAGUUGGCUUGCCUCGCUUACAGAGAUCCAACACAGGAGAACCGUGAAUUCUGGAAGAACGAGAUGGCUCAAUGCCUCCGUGAAAUCCAAGAAGCUUACGAUGAGAAGGUCAACUCAAUCAGAGGAGAAAUGGAGACCUUCUACAAUCUCAAAGUGCAAGAAUUCCGCACUGGAUCAGCCCGUACAGGUAUGGAAGCAGAACAUGCUAAGGAAGAAAGCAAGAGGCUAAGAACUCAGUUGAACGAUCUUCGUCAAAAAUUAGCUGACUUUGAAGUUCGAAAUGCCCAACUCGAGAAGGAGCUUGAACUAUUGAGACGUGAAUACGAAGAGAAGCAGAGAGAAUGGGAGAUUGAGGGCAACGAGCUGAAAUCAGAGCUUGUAAAACUUAGAGCUGAGAUGGAAGGCAUGUUGAAGGAACUCCAAGAUAUCAUGGAUAUCAAACUCUCACUGGAACUCGAGAUUGCUGCAUACAGGAAACUCUUGGAGGGUGAAGAGAACAGGGGUGGACUGAAGACUCUAGUUGAAAGUUUCAUGGUUAGCGGUGGUGGAGGCGGCGGCGGCGGCGGCUAUUCCAGCUCCAGUGGCUAUUCUCAGUCAAUUGGUUACGGAGAGGGCGAUGAUGAUGAUGAUAUGAAGGUUAGCCAGGUCGUUAAGGGAGAGAUGUCUGCCAAGACAACAUAUCAGAGGAGUGCAAAGGGACCAGUCUCCAUCUCCGAGUGCAGCCCAGAUGGCAAAUACGUUGCCCUAGAAAACACAGGAAAGAAGGACGAGCCCCUUGAUGGUUGGUUCAUCAAACGAUACCUUGAGGAUACCAAGAAGGAGAUCAAAUUCACCUUCCCCAAGGGAGCAGUCAUAUCAUCUCGACCAGGACAGAAAGCAAUUAAGGUCUGGGCCCGUGGAAGUCGACCAGCUGGUAGUGAUGACUUCGAGAUGCAAGAUAACAAUACAUUUGGAGUUGGCGCCAAUAUCAAAACAACUCUGCACAACGUCAAUGGAGAGGAGAAAGCCACCCACCAACAGAGGACCCUCUACACUUCAUAAGUCUACAUGUCAAGACAAAACAACCAGCGGACAGAGCAGAGAGAGCAGCUCAUUGAUACAGAACAAUUCUUUGAAUUGCUUCAAUCGCUAUAUAAAACAAUGUAUCAGACAAUUAAGACAUUAUAAUGUAUCAGAGGAUGAAUUUGUGGAAAUAGAAUCAAGAAGCAUUCUAUAAGAAAGUUUGAAAAGAAAGGUGCAUAUUUUACAUUAAAGCUCGACACUGCCCGAUGCUCUGCAGAGGUUAAUACUAACGGGCGGUUGGAUGUUGUAUAAGAACUAUAUAAGAUAAAUAAUAGACUGUAGAGUAUCAUCAAUGACUCAGGAUAUUAAUGAGUAUUUUAAUGAUAGCUGUUUUCACAUAUUCAUCUCCUAUACGUUUUUCUUAUUGAGCACGAGCUAGACCAUUCAUAUCCAUUCUUAUUGUUCACUGUUCAGCCAUUAGAUGCAUUUAUAAUACUGGUACACAUAUUGUAGUGUUAUGACAUUCUAGAUGCAAUUUUCAUGUAUUCAAUCUGUACAUUACACUGUGCAGAAUGAAAAGCUAGAUGUACAUGUUGAUGGUUGCUGUGCAAAAGUAUGGUCUGUGAAAUAUUGCCUUCAUUGUAACACUGAAAUCCUGAUGCUAUGAGCAACACAAAUGACACUUUAGAACUAGGCAAUAUCUUACAGAUUGAAAUUCUAUGGGUAUUUUAAAACAUAUUGAUGUAUUUGAUAUCAAUUUGUUUUAUAAGCUCUGCUAUCUUGAUUUAAGCAAGAUUUUGUUUCAAAUCAUAUUUCUUUCACUGAUGACCUGGAGGUUCAUUUCAAGUCACAUGUUGUUUUUUAUCUUUUAUAUACAAAUUAUUUUAUAUAUAUACUAGAUUUUGUGGAGUAGGCUUCAAUUUCUCAAAUGUUCUUCAUAUAUAUAUAUUUGUAUAUGUGUCCAAUAGUCUAAAAAUGCUGGUUGGAGCAUAGCAAGGGUUGGUAGGAAUAUCCCAUCUUGAUGGCAAACAUAGCUCAAAGGGAAAGAUUGUGUCUGCUCAUGUAAGAUUGUGUAUUUCUAUUGAUAUAAAAUAUCAAAUUAUCGCUUGAUUGCAUAUAAAAUUUGACAUAUAUUAAUGAUAUUAACGUUAGGUGUCGGGAUUGUGACAGUAUACAGCACGCAUGCGCAUGCACAGAGACGAUAAAAGGAGAUAUUAAUUAUAUAGUUAUCAUGUUAUGAAAUAUUUAUAUGAAUAUUGUACAAAACAAAAAUGUGAAAAUGAGCAUAGCUCGUAGUGCAGCAAUUGAUGCGAAAGUCGAUUAAAUGUAGACAUUUGAUUAAUGUUAAUCUUUCACGAUUAUAAACUUCAUGUGUACUAUCAUAAACCUUGCCUUUUAUGAGAAGCGCUUCCUUCAUUAUAUUAUUGUCCAUAUAGUAAUAAAAUAUCUACGCGUUUUGGGAUGUACCUCUUCUUUCCCUUUGGAAUAUUCGUAAGAUGUGAAACGUGAAUAUGUCAUAAUGUUUCCUUGUUUAUAUGUUUGUUUGCAAUAAA